AUGGUGCCACCAGAGCCGCAGUUGCCAGCUUUUGAGCCGGCUCUGCCGCAAGCCAGACGCAACAACCCGGACACCAGCUUUCAGACAGGGCAUGACGAUAGCUCCUCAGUAUUCUUAAGCUCCGAUGAUAUUGAAUCGGCUGAAGCUUUAACGGCGGCAGAAAACACUUCCGUAGCAACAGCCGUGCACACGCGGGAUGCCGGGGCUCUAGAGGACCAUGUAACCGCUGUCAAGGAUGGCGUCAAACUGCCCGUCCGCCUCGACUUCCUCAACGACCGCCAAGCAACCGGCGACGACACAGACCAGCCUAGCCGCUUACCUGGCAGUUCUCGGGCCGCAAUGCAAGCCAUCGCUGCCUGGCGGCGCCAAGCUAGCACAGACCAGGUCAACCAGGUGUUGUCCGCUCAUCGCCCUGAUAGCGAGCUCGUUCUCAUCUGGGUCAUCCCAGGUGCCUCUCCGGGCCUUAUGCUCAUUGAGCUGCACGCGCCGCCAUCCUUCGUUAGCGCUGCCGGCGAUGGCCUAGGCGACGGCAAUUCCACGAGAAGUUCUGGUUCCGCCGCACCGCACCGCAUCGCGGCAUCCACUGGAGCGCUGGAGUCUGCCUGGCGCACCCACGGCAUUGCAGCUUCCGGCGUUGGACCUGCCUGGCCCAUGAGAGGAUUGCGAGAAGCCGCCGCAGCCAUGGCCGCGGCAGAGUGCUUGGCGCCGACCAUCAACGUCGGCACAGGCAGCGCACAGGCGAUUGGCCCGGCCGCGGCGGCGGCUGCAGCGGCGGGCUCCAAUAAUGCUGACGGCAGCGACAGGCUGACUGGUGAAGCUGGGGCAGGCGGGCGGCAGCCCGCGGCCCUAACGGCGUCGCUGAACCGCGCCCGCGUGUUUGGCCUCAGUGCGCCUGGCCCCGUGCAACAGGGCGGACAGGAACGCCGGUUGUUUGGGGCCAUGGGUUGGCGGGGUGUCAUGUGCAGCAGCGGCGCGCUGACGGUGGUCGUGGUGCCCGACGCUGGCAUGGAAGGCGAGGUGUGCGCGCUGCUGGCGAUGCAGCACCAGCAGCUGCCGCUUCCUGUGUGCCCAGAGGAGUCCCUGGGCGAAAAUCCGCCAAUACCGCAGUCGCUGCAAAGUUUGCAGCGGCAGCAGCAGCAACAGGGCCAGCCUUUUGCAGGUGUCCCAUUGGAUAUGGGUCCGAGUCGUGUGUACGCGUCGGCACAGCCAAGUGUUGGUAUCGAGUCCACCGUCGCUGCUGUCACAGUGGGCAAUCUGGGUUUCGCCGGUAAUGACGAAGGAGCGGUAGGUGGGUUGCUGGCGAAACUGGAUAAGGAAGACAAAGACGACGCGCGUGCGAGGGAACGGUUCCUCUGGGACCUCGGUGCCUGGCUGGAGUUGACAGGAAGGAGAGCGGCGGCGCGAGAGGCGGUGGCGACAGGCCCGACAGACGGCAUCGCCGGGGUCGCUGCUGCGAACGCUGCGAGGUCUGCGGCUUCUUUGCGGCAGGCGCCCGGCAGGGCGGUCCGCGGAAGCGACCAGGCCCAGCAGCGUCUGUCGCAGCAGCAGCAGCAGAGACAGCACUCGGCGCAGCACCCCCAGGCUCAACAACGCCGUGUCCUGGGGGACUUGCUGCCCGUAUCGGAGAUUGAGGCCCUCGGCGGGGCGCCGCACAAUGCUGGCAUCACGCGAGUGGCGCCCGGGCUCGGCUUGGAGACCUGGGUGGCGCCGCCGAGAACUGGGGAGCAGUUGACGACUGUAGCGAACGCGCAGCAGCCCAUGCCGCAAACCGCGUUGGAGCUGCUAGGCUUUGCGUGCAGCCGCGGUUGGGCCGCGACUUCGACCCACAUUGUGCUGGGCCUUAUGGAUAUGGGUUUUUCCAUGCACGCCAUCAACGCUUCCGUACAGGGGGCUCACGGCUGGUCGGCAUUGCAUUUGGCAGUGGCGUCUGGCAGUGCGGAACUGGUGGCCAUGACGGCACUGUGGCGCAGCUACGGCCGGUACGGCGACGGCGCUGCUGUACAGGAGGAAUGGCGAGCGAUGCUGGCGGCGCCGGGACCAGGCGGCCUUACUCCGUUACACCUAGCCGCAGUGCUGCCCAAGCCCGCAAUUGCCGCCAUGGACCUUCUGUCCACUCUCCCAGCCGAAACCUUAUCCACGUGGUUCGACGAGUCUGCCUGCGACGGCUGCACGCCCGCCCACUACGCCUUCCGCGCGGGUAAUACCCACCUCAACGAACACGCACUGCUCUGCCUCGCCACCGGUACGGCAGCACUGGACCUAGGUACGGCACAAGGCCUGCAAGAGGUCCUGCCGUACCUCGGCGAGCUGCAGGCCGAGCUGUCCACCUGCAGCGAAUCUGCGGACCUGGAGGGAGGAGCGCACGAGCGCGCCAGCUCGGGCGGGAAUGUCCGCAGCGGCGGUGUUGUCGCAGCCGCCGUUGCUGACGCGGCGGCUGGGAGGCUGCCUAGCGGCAGCGUUGCGGACGCGAACGCCCUGGCGUCGCGGUCGCCGUGCGAAUCGACUACGGAAUCUAUGGAGACAGCUUGCGAGGACAGCCCUAAAGGGUCUUCCGGAGCGGGAUAUGAAGGUCCCGUCGACAAUGACUCUGAAGGCUGCGUCGACAAUGCUGUGCUUGCUGACGGGGAAGCGCUUCCGGCGAGCGGCGGCCCAACCAGCGGUGAUGUCGUUGGUUCCGGCGAGGGGGCAAUGGGCGCUGGGGCCCGACCUGCGUCGCCGCCGCGGAUUCUGGCGAGCAAUCCACCUUCCGUGGGCGUGGCACGGGCUGGCAGUAGCAGCUCCAGCAGCAGCGGCACCUUUAGCCGUAGUAGCCGAGGCAACACUGUCAGACCUGCGACGCAUUCCAUGCUUGGCAGGCCCAACGUGCGCAGCUCCUCUCCUGUGCUUGAGGCGGCGGUUUCAGCGUCGGCUGUGGCUUCGGCAGGGGCGGCGACGGCAGGGGCGGCGACGGCGGUAGUUGCUAGCACCGGGAGACACUGUUCGCGAUCGCUGCGGAGGUUCCUGCCGCGCUUAAUGAGUCGAUUUCAGUGUCUCGGUGGUAGUAGGCCCGGCUCGUCUAGCAACAGAGGUACGUCUUGGUCGAGGUCGCAGCGUGUGCCGGUGUCCACGUCGGAGAUACCGUCUUUGGCUGCAUCCACGCCGCCGCCUUCGGGAACCUCCGCUUCAGCAACCCGGCCUUGGGUUGAGCCACCUUCUGUCUCCAGGGAAGGCGACCCGCAUCAGUUGCAGCCGCGCGGUGUGGCGGAGGCGCAGCAGAGCAGCACCAGUAACAGCAGCGCCAGCCCUUUUGCCGUAACGACAUUACUGCACUCCCUCUCACCCGUGUCCUUGCAAGGCGGUCAGGAGCACCCACACGCGCACCCGCACCCCACGGGUAGCACAGCUGGUGCUCCGCUAAACACGUGCACCGGUACCCCGCCGUCUCCCAAUGGCACCAACGCGCACAGCCUCCACAGAACCAGCUCCAGCAGAAACUGCCCUCCGCAGCCCCAGCUUCACACACGUGGCGAAGAGUCCCAAUCUCCUGGACAGUCCGUACCGAUCCAAGCAUCAACGGUGCCGCUGCAGCGCACCACUGACUCGCAAGCCUGGGCGCCAGAGCCAUGGUUAAUGCAAAAGCGCGCCUGGCCGCAGCCCAGCAGCGUUGUCGUGGAGCUUCUGGAGCGUGUCUCCCAGGCCGCAUCAACCCUUGGAUCGGUCGGAACCAAUGGCGAUUCGUGGCAGGCAAGCCCCGGCUCAGGGACUCAGUGCCAUAGCUCGGGAGCGGUGCCGCAGCCGCAGCCGGCGGUACCAAUGGCGGUACCAAUGGCGCAAGCAGCACCCGCUCCUAACAGUACGAGUCCCCCGCCAACAAUAAGCCUUGAGCAGGCGCAACAGGUCGCGCUGCAGAUCGUGGCGGCUGCACGGAAUCUAUCAGCAUCUGCUUCCGCGGAAAUGUCCACGGCAUUGCCGACGGCGGGUGCGGGCGCGCUUGGUGCUGCAGCUGCACUGAUGCGAUCCGCGCCGCCGGAGGUUGGCGACCGCAUCUUGGCGGAGUUCCUCACCCCCUUGUGCAAUGUGACGUUGCAGCGCCGGCUGCAGCAGCAGGUUCGGGAGCACCAGGAGCGGCUUCGGCUGAGGAUGAUGGAGAUGUUGCACUUUGUGCGCCCUGCAUACCGGACGCCGUCUGGGUUGCAGCCGUCGCUGCCGCCUCCGCCGCAACAACAGCAACAGGCGUCCCAACAUCAUGAGGGCCAGUGGCAGCAGCAACAGCAGCCGCAGCAAGAGUGGUUACCUGGUCUGCAUUUCAGUUCCAAUGGCUCUCGGCGCGCUGGAGGGAGUGGCGAUGAGGAGCGCCGGCCGCGUCAUGCAUCUGCACCGUCGCACGAGCAUGGGUGCCACCGCUUGACGGCCGCAUUUGCGGCUAGCUUGGCCCCGCUAGCAGGCUUGGUGAUAAAACGCGUGAAUUUGCUGCAAGGCCAGGGCCAGGAGAGGGAGCGGCGAUGCCGCAGCCUGCGGCCGGGACAGGGACAGGGACGGCGGCGCCUGCCGAUGCGGGUGGUAGCUGAUGCAGCGGCAGGGCGAGAAGCGAUAGCACUCAUACCGCAUCCUGGCAACGGGCGUUCAACGCAGGCGGGGUGCUGGCUGUGGUACGGCGCCAGGGCGAGUAGCAGUAACGCCGACCGGGAGGUCUGA